AUGUGCAACAAACUCCUCCAAACCUACGCCUGCGGGCACUCCAAAAGUAUCUGCACCACGCCCUGCACGCACGCACUCAGGUUCGCGCCAUCUUCCACGUCACAGGACGAUUCCACAAUCACGCCCACGCGCGCAAACUCAACCGCUUCCUCUCCCUCUCCAGCGGCGCCUCAAAGCCCGACACACAGCGAGCGCCCAGGCUAUGCGAACUCGCCACUGCGUGCUGCGCAGGAACCUGUGGAGCGCGUGUUCUCGACACGAGCGCUGGCGUUGCGGUUCAAACCCUUUUCUACCGGUCCCGCGUCGCCUACAGCGGUGUCGCUCGUGAGUGCGUCGCCCACGCUUCCUACCUCUCGCUCCACCGGCAUCGGCACCGCGGCUGCACCGCCUCAUCUACCACCUCGCUCCGCGGCGCAAGACCCAGAGCCGCUGUUCUGCAGCUACUACAUCCCGCGCAAUAUCGCGACGAGCCGGUUUCCGUGUGUCGAGUGCUACGGUAGGGAGGAGUGGGAGGAGUUGCGGGAAAGCUGGAUGGAGAGUUAUGGGUUGGGACAUCCGUUGGAUCGGGUUGGGGAUGUGGAGGGGCUUAGUGGGGUGACGGGGGUUUUGAGGAUGGGAAGGGCUUGA